GGCGACGCGCCCAAACUAAAGCAGCAACAGAUUUUGAGGAUUGUAAACAAUUGACAGGUGACGAUAUAAGAACAAUAUGAAAAGUGUUUAUUUCAAUGCAUUUGUAGGUACAGCUUCGGGUGUUUUCAAAGGAGUUACUGCAGUUGAAAAAUGUGAUUUGUAUGUUAAAAAUUUAGAUAGCUUGAAAUCAGCCACAAAUAAAAAUCCUAUCACCUCUAUGAAUUGGGGUGAUGGUUUUGAAGAAGAAGUAGUUAUUGGUUAUGGAUCCCAGCUUGUAAAAAUUUAUAAUUUGAAGACAAGAUCAUUUACUAUGGCUGAAGAAAAGAAAUGUGGGGAUGGAGCAAUAAUAGGAAUAAGUAGACGUAAUGGUGUUCUACUAACUGCUGUUGAAUCUGGAUUGGUUAAGUUAUGGAGAGAGGGUAGUGACCCACUUACAAUUAAUACUGGUGGAUCUUUAGAAAAAGUUAGACCCAGCCCUCACCAUUCUAAUAUUAUAGCUACUGGUGGGAAAGAAAAUGAUAUUAAGCUCUGGGAUACUCAAACUGGAGAACAAACAUUUUCUGCUAAAAACGUAAGACAUGAUGACUUAGAACUCAGAGUUCCUGUUUGGAUUACUGAUAUGGCUUUUAUUCUUAACACCAGAAAAGUUGCAGUAACUACUCGUCAUGGUUAUGUAAGGUUAUACGAUCCAUCCACCUGCACAAGAAGACCUGUUGUUAGUGUCCAAGUACCUGAACAGGCCUUGACUUGUAUUUCUUGUUCCAGUAAAGAACAUCAUGUGAUAGUUGGAAGUGGCAGUGGACAAAUGAAUCUUGUUGAUUUACGUAGUCGAGGUCUUGUGAUGAACAAGUAUAAGGGAUUUGUUGGUGGAAUUAAAGCUAUUGCAUGUUCUGAAGAAGAACCUUAUAUUGCAUCUGUCAGUUUGGAUAGACAUUUUAGGGUUCAUCAUCUUUAUACAAAAGAACUUCUUCUCAAAGAAUACAUGCAGUCGAAAUUGACCUGUUUGUUGGUUCGAUCGAAUUUUGAUUUAACAGAACCAGAAAGGGAAGAGUCAGGAGAAAGCGGCGAAGAACGUGAUAAAACAAAAGAAGAAGAGAAAGAAAAAGAAGAGAGUAGUAGUAGUGAUGAAGCUGAGGAAAUCUUUAAAAAUAUGCCCACAGUUGGUGAAAAAAGACCGAAAGGAACUAACUUAGGGAAAAAAAAACAUAAAUCAUAAUCAUUUUGGGCAAGUUGCUGAAUCACACCCACCCUUGUUCAUUUCUGUUUUAUGUUCUUGUUUCAUUUUUUGUAGUUAUUUAUUUUGUGUUAACUGUUAUAAUAGUAUAUUUUUUAUAUUAUAUAAAUAAAUUUAACAUGUUUUACACAAACAAAAAAUAACAAAAUGAAAAAUUAAAGUAAUAUAAAUGUUUAACAUUUUAAAGUUCCUACUUGUAAUUAUUCAUAUUUUCACUGUACAAAUAAGUUGUUCAACUUGGUGAUAUGAAAUGCAUUGGGAAAUUUUUGACGUACUUCCAAUUGAUUUUGUGCAUUUUUCAAUAUAUAACUCUAUAAGAGUUAUGUGCUUUUAAAAAUUAUGUUUUGGCUGUGUGAAUUGAUCUAGCUAUCAUUUUUUUAAUCUUAAAAAAAAAGAUAUAUUUUUGGUGAUACAUUUGUUGAGAAAACUGGGUUUACUCAUUUAUAUAAUUGUUUUACUCCGUAAUGUAGUAUUCUUUUUUGGGGGGG